AUGAGUCUCCACUUGCCCAAGCACCAUUGGGGCACUCGGGGCAUGGAUGUGUACGAGAAGCUGGAGUGUAUUGGCGCGGGUACCUACGGUCAAGUGUAUAUGGCGAAAGACAAAGCAACGGGAGAAGUCGUGGCGAUCAAGAAGAUCCGCAGUCUCAAUGAAGUUCAGGGCCUACCUGUGACAACAAUUCGGGAGAUCAAAGUGCUCAAGUGUCUGAGCCACCCGAACCUCGUGGAGCUGAAGGAGGUCGUUGUGUCUGCUGAGAACGACGAUGACGACGCCGAGUUUACAGACAAGGACGAGCCGCUGGACUAUUGUCAUGGGUCAAUCUACUUGGUGCUGGAGUACCUCGAACACGAUUUGACGGGUCUUAUUGAUCGACAGCAUCCAUUUGACGAUACUGAGAUCAAGUGCUUGAUGAAGCAGUUGCUCGACGUCAUGAAGUACAUGCACUCCCUUGACAUCAUCCAUCGAGACAUCAAGUGCUCCAACCUUUUGAUGACUAGAGACCAUUUACUCAAGGUAGCAGACUUUGGUCUGGCCCGUUCCUUGCGCGGAGACCAGCUGUUCACGAACAAGGUCGUGACGCUAUGGUAUCGACCGCCAGAGUUACUUCUGGGCGCCACGAGUUACGAUGCUAGUAUUGAUAUGUGGAGCGUCGGGUGUGUCUUCGCCGAACUGUAUAUCGGACAUCCCAUCUUCCAGGGCAAGACGGAACUCGAGCAAAUUACUAAGAUUUUCGACGUAUGCGGAACUCCGACUACCGAGUCAUGGCCGGACUACAAGUUCCUGACGCACAGCAGUACAUUUGUUCCUGAUAAAUCCAAGCCUAAGCGUCUGCGCGAGUUCUUAAUGCGCGAAGCAACUGCGCGCAAGAGAAUAUUGCCGAAAGGUGCUCUUGAGUUAAUCGAGGCUCUACUUGUGCUGGAUCCGGAGCAGCGGUUGACGGCUUCGGACUGUCUUUCAGCGCAAUAUUUCCAUGUUCGUCCCUACCCUCCGGAAGAUCCGAAAAAACUGCCUCCUAUCACCAACCUUCCGCCGUCACACGAAUACCAGACGAAGAAAAUUCGUCGUGAACAGGCAAAGCAGCUAAACGCUGGAGGGGCGAACAGUCAGAGCAGCAACAAUACAGGAGCCGGAGGUGGGCGUACCUCACGUCCGAUUGGUAAAUCCGGGGCAAGUGGUGGGGGUCGCUCAAGACAGAAUACCACGAGAGAUGCGACAGAAGUGUGCGUGAAAACCGAGGUGAAAAGAGAGGAAGAUUCGGUAUUGUCAGCCAAGAAGAGACGGCGUAUGGCUUGA